AUGGCACAACAGUAUCCACGCAUCCCGAGGAGUGAACCGGACGAGCUACGUCCAGAUCAUUUUCGGAGCAAGUUCGAUGAGAAACAAUGCAAAUUGGUCGUUCGGGAUAGUAACUAUCGUCAUCGUCUGGCUUUGGAUGCGGUCAAACUCAAAUUGAAACCGUUCAUACGUCGGUGUCAUCCGCAUCCGGAUGUGGCUCCACUGUUCAAGACGUACAAACGAACAAAUUAUUUAGUAUACAGACGUUCACAUAACGAACGCAAAUGUCCUAUCGGGUAUCGGAAACAAAACUCCGUAGAUAACUAUACGAUGUUCUUUCGGUACGACACGACAAACUAUACAGACGAGGAAUGGGAAAGUGGAUUCGAUUUCUCCACACCGCAAUGGUGGAAUUUCCCAUACAACAAAUUUGACAGUUUGGAACAUUUGAGACCGAAUGAAUCCUAUUUGGAAAAUCAGCGACAGGCCAUCAGUGCUUUUCUUGCAAGUUGCUCGCAUUCCGAUUUCACACAUUCCCGUAGUGCUCAAUAA